AUGAGCAAACAAGGACAUAAAACAAGAGCAAACUUACCAGCUGGUGGAUUUUUGGCGAUUGGACGUGAUGUCACAUCAACUUCCGAUACCAGUCGCUCAAAACCUCAAAUUCAUAAACGGGAAUUGCCACAGUUAUCAAGUGGUGCUUUGAAGAAGCCUCGUCUUGACUUUUCUGGGAAACUUCUUUCCAGUACUCCAUCAACGAGUUCCGUCAAGCGUGCCGAAGUCGACGAUUCAAGAUGGCGUAGUUUCUGUGCGGAAAUACAAAUAGAACCUAAACAGUUAUUGGCAUCGCUGGAAUCGGCGAAAGAGAAACAAAAGCCACAAAAAGCCGCACGACUGAUAUGUGCUGCAGUACGAGAAAUCAUUGAUCACCGUAAAGAAACCGGUAGUUGGGUUGAGGAGCCAAUUAUGUGUUCAGCACUUAUGCUCUUCGUAAAAAUGAAUACCUCAUUUUUGUUGCCGCACGAAGAAUUGAUCGAGGUACUUUGUUCUCUACUAUCAACGAAUUUCCCGACUUCUUCGCCUGGCUCAGCAAUGGCUCCUUUGCUGUUAUACAAACUUUUGAUGGGGGCGACCGAUUGGAACUGGCGGUUGGUUGAAAGUUUUAUUGAUGAUAGUUUGCAUGAAAGACAAUGGAGUGAUCGACCAUCAGUAGAUGGCUUGAUUGUGAAUAUCAUAACAGCUUUUGGUACUCGGAUCCCUCACGAAUCAAUGUAUACGGCGUGUGAUUUGACUUAUCCGGAACGUUAUCGGACUGUGGCUGAAAUAAAUCGAUUUACAAAAGUGAGUGACAAGGAGCAGAAAAUUGAUGCGUUUGUGAUGCAAAUGAGAGAUAUAUGUGAACGGAAAGGCGAAAGUGCGCCAAGAAAUUUAUUGAAGACAAUGUGUACAUGUGCGGGAAAUGGAAACGUCAGAUUAUUGGCUGCACGAAAAAUGGAUUCAUGGUUGCUGAAUGGGAAGCUUCAAAGAUACGCCAUGGAAUUACUUCUAUGGAUUGCAAGUAAUAUAGGCCAGGGUGAGCUUACCGAAGAAGAUAGUGAAACAUUAAGCUCUUUACUAAAAUUACGGGCAUUGAAAAGCAAACAAAUCAAUAUCUUAUUCAAUAUCGCCUUAAAGGAAAUACUGAACAGUGACAAAGAAAUGAUUUCUUCCGUAGCAAAAUUAUUAUUAUCAAAUGAAUUCUCGGCGAAUCGUUUCCCGUACAAUAUGACAAUGAUACAUUCAUUAUUUUCCUUCGACAACCAUUCUGCAUCCAAAGUUAUAGCACGGGAAAUUGCUCAAAUGCUCGCAGCUAAAGAGGAAUAUCUGCGAAUAUCUAGAACAUUUCUUCGAGAAUUUGUACGAUCAUUGUUACGAAUGGAUUUCGAUUUUGCUCUUUUCACUUCCCAUUUGUUCAACGCCGCAACUGAAGAUUUCUCAGUUUUAGCCAUUCCCACUUUCUUCUUUAAAUCGUUGAUUGACUUCUGUGUGAUGCUACCAUUUUUGGCAAUAACACCUACUAUUCGAGAAGCAUCUCAACAGCGACGCAGUGCUAAUGGCAAUUUGACGCAAACCCAUAUUGAUGCUUUGCAGAAGUUUUAUGCUGAUUUAAGAAAUUUCUUCGAAAUUUGUACAUGUUUUUUUUGCAAACAUUGUGAAUUAUGCACCGAUAAUCGUCUAUUUGUUUACUCAUACUAUCGAAUCCUUUAUUUGGCCCCAGCUGAGUAUUACGCUAGUAUCGAUCAGUGGCCGAUUGAAGCAGAUGUAAUGCAAUAUAUGCGUGUUAUUUCCGAUGUUCCUAUCAGUGAACAGUUACUGUGCACAAUACUGGAGGCUGGUUCUGAUCCCUCAGUUCCAAUUGAUGCUGCAGAUACGAUUGAUAUUAUUGAGAAUCUCACAAAACGAGCUUCGUUGUCUUCUACGUUAACAGGUGGCAGUAUGGUUCCAAUCAGCACCUCUAUUCUUUUGGAAACUGUAUUCAGAAUAACGGAAUACAAACCACCGCCAACUUUCAACGUUCAGGAUGAAGAUCUUCCGCCAUUGGCUGUUAAAACGUUGUAUUGGAAGGCAUGGCUCAUUUCUUUGAUAUGGACAUCAUUGAACACAGAUACAUUGGUUAAGGAGGUCUACUACAAGUAUCCGAAUUUAAAACUUAUUAUGCAAAUUGUUUUGACGUGGGAUUAUUCAUUUCCACCGAUGGCGAGUAUGGGUGAUCGAAUAUAUGCAGAGAAACUUAUUGAAGAUGAUGAAAAGGCCGCUUAUGAGGAAAAAAUAGCAAUCAAAACUUUGGAAACUCGAUUGGCCGGGAUGGAAGUGAGUGAUUCAAAUUCGAAGCUUCUGCACAAAUUAUGUAAUUUGGAUAUAAAUGGCGUCUGUCGACGACCUCCGGACAACAUCAUGCGGGAUUUGGAAAAACUCAAUGAAGAUUUAGAUUUGUCACGGCUUCUGAGCGAAUGCAGAGAUCCUGAUUUGCUGGCAGAUAUUGUCAGAUCUCAAGGUAGCUCGAAAGCUCUGCCAUCCAUAAUAAAUUUGGUAGAAUCAAACUCAAACGCUAUAGCUCACUUACCUCUUGAAUGUAUUUGUGAGUUGUUUCUGCACUAUAUAGCUUCUUCGUCAUGCUGUGGCAAUAUAACGCCAAGCUCAGAAAAACUGAAUGCGAUGCGUCAGCGUUUGCGUAAUGCCAUAACGAGUCCAACUGCUACCAGAGCAUCGGUACUGGAAACAUUAGAAUAUCUGGCAGUUCAUCUUGCUGCUCAUUCGGUAUCUGAACGUUGUGCUGCUGCUCACUCAAUGGCAUUGCUUCUUGAUCAUGAUACAAAAGUGUUGCCAAUAGCAACGAAUGCAACACCAGCUGGAAGUCUUCAUAAAGUUGCAUAUUUCAGUGAAUUGAAGCAUCGAAUUUGUGCGCUAUUGUCGCAAGCUUGUGCUGUGGAAACUGAUUUAAAUCGUUUAUCAGAUUACUUGACAUUUCUUUUUGAAUAUGCAGAUUCAAAAAACCUGCAUUUGGUUGCACAUUACAUUUCAAAUAUGGUUGAACGCUUGAAAGAUGGCAGAGAAGCGGAUAUCAUUCGAAUAAAUGCCAUAAGCUUCUACGAAAGAUAUUUCAAAGAAGUUGAGCAAAAUGAAGUUGAGUGGACAGAAAAAUUAGAAGCGCUUUUACCACAAAAUGUAAAAAAAGUGACAGUUUGUGUAGAGAAACCAGAUAUGACGAUAUCUUCAUUGACGAUGAUUUCAACAGCGGUUAGUGGGAUGUUGCAAUUAUUGUGCAGUCAGUGGAAGAAGAAGGAUAGGUUAGCUACACGAGUUCUCAUGGAUCUUUGGUUUCCGACAUCAGGAAAACGACCAAAGGUUCUCAAUGCGGAUGGUGUUGAACUUCUGCCUACUUGGUUGAAACUUAAAAUGCUUCGCACUGAAGAUGAUCGAAUCAUCCGCGUUGCAAUGGACGACAUGAAAGUUAAAGAUGCUUUGAAGUUUGUUCAGUCAUUUGCACUGACAUCAUAUAGCUGUACGAAGUUACUAGCAAUUCUAGAUAGUGAUGAAACACCACUGGAAGGUGACUUAUUAGAAGAAGCUCAAAGAGCGUCAAUGUUUGUUCGGGGUUAUAAAUUACGAGACGCCAAAGGUGGUGAGAAGUUUCUGGAACGUGUAACUGAAGCUAAAAGUCUACAUGAAUGUGUAAAAGUGGAAGUUGAUGAAAAUGAUAUCUAUAUGAAGUUGAAUUCAUUGCCAGCUGUAUUCGAUGCGGAUGAUGUUGAUAUGAAACGAAUAACAUUUAAUCAUAUCAGCGUGACUGAACUAAUCAGUUGUAUUGAACGGGCAGUCCAAGAAGGCAACGAACCGGAAGAAUGGCCAUCGGUAAUUUUUGAACUGUCAAACAACUUGGAAUGUUCUCGUGCUGUUAUUUCUUUGUUAAAAGCUAAACCGACCAUAUUAUCUUUUGCAGCAGUUGCUAUACCAUUAUUGAUUUCGCUAGUCAUUUCAAGAAAUAAAGAUGCUUCUCUAGUCGGUGAUUUUGACUCCUUGUGCAAUAAUGUGAUCAACACACCGAAUCUUCACAUUCCGGAAUCUGUACGCAGAAUUUUAUGCAGUCGUGGUGGAGAAUAUGCGAUCGAAACGGAAAGUCCAUGCUCGCCAAAUUAUGAUACGUAUGAUCCGGAAAGUAUCCUCAUGCGUUUGUCAAAUUCUGUUGGUAUGGAUGAUAUGCAAAGUCGUCUGAUGGAAAGAUUUUUGGACACUUGUCCGGAGAUAUUGCCUCAUAAAGAUGAUGAUGAUGAUCUUGGUAGUAAAUCGCGUACCAUACUGGAAAUAUUAUUCUCAUCCAAAGCAUCAACACUUCAGUAUAUCAUUUCGUUGCUGCCUACAACAUGUUCUUCAGCUACAUUAGCUAAAAUAAUUGAGUACCUGCUUGAAUCACAUCGAUCUCAAUUUGUAGGUAUGUCAGUGAUACGAACCAUUAUCAGUGCUUUUCAUGCUUCUAAAACAUAUGUCCUUUCGACUAAACAAUGUGGUGUUUUCAUUCAUUACGCUCUGGCCGAAAUGGAACGUCAUUCGGAUGAUGUCAUAAUGUUGUUAAUGAAAUUUUUGGAAAAUAAUGCAAACAUUCGACGUGAUGUAACACAAGGAAUAAUAACAGAAGUUUCCCGUGCUUUAACCUCACCAGACAACAUUCAGCGGAAGCGUUUCGCACAGCAGAUAGCUGUUGCUUUUGUGAAACGUUUUCCAGAUGCUCGACUAAAAAGCGAUGCAAUAGUGAUCGACUCAUAUCGCUCCGUUUGCAUUCAAGAUCGAGCAGUUCACAAUGCUAUUGCAGAAUUAUUUUCUACUGCAGCUGCUCCUAUGUAUUCAAUGGAUCAUAAAAUCAGUACAUUGGCUCAAAUUGCGCGUAGUCAACCAUGUGUCGUAUUAAGGCAUUUUCCGUUGUUAUCCGCCUGCUUAGCAUCAGUUGCACAGCUUCCAGCACGACAAUUACGAACGAACAAUUAUCAGUCAUUGUUACAGUAUAUCCUGAAAUUAUUGUUAGAUCUGGCUCCUCAGUCUUUUGAAGAAGUCGAUCGUCUACAGUCCAUUUUGCAGACAUUUUUUACUCUUUUUGAGAAUGUUGGGUGUGGACGAACAUGGGUACCGUUGGCUCAAACACUACAGAAUGUUUGUGUUGCAUAUUUGGAGCUGAAUGCGAAAUCAGCAAAAUCGUAUUUCCUAACGCAAAUUGAAGCGAUCAAACAGCUUUGUUUAUGUUUGAAAUCGCCUUCCUCGAAAAUACUGAUCGACACGAUAAUGUGUUUGAGCAGAGUCGAAGAAUAA